AUGUUUUCAGCACAACGAAUUAAAUUAGUUUGGAUUCUUCAAGAUCAACAUUAUAUGUCUACACUACUUCAUUCUUCAUUGAAACAUUUCCAAAUUUCACCGAAUGAAAAAUCCAAAGCAAUAUCAUUAGUAAAACAAGAACUAUUAAAACGUGCACCACCACAAUCAGUUGAUGUUGCUAGUGCUGAUUCAAAGCCAGUAGUGGAAAACUCAUCAGUUACAUUUGAAACAACAAAACUUGCUACAUCAAAUGGUUUAUUGACUCUUUGUUUUGAUCAACCAAAAGUUAUUUCAAAACCAGUUUUAACUCCAUUAAAUGAAUUAGAUAACUAUAUGGCUUUAGAUACACAAUUUCAUGAAAAUGGUGAUAUACUUUUAUUUUGGAAAGAAAAUGCCGAAUUAUUUCCAAUAUUAUCAUCAAUUGUACGUGAUCUGUUUUCUAUACCCGCUUCAGAUACCGGUGUUGAGAGACUAUUUUCAUCAUCAAAAAGUACUGUUACUGAUCGUAGAACUAGUUUAGCUGCUAAAAAGCUAAACAAGCUUUUAUUUCUUCAGAAGAAUUUACUUUCUUUACAACGAAUGAAUGGUGUUGCAUCAAUAAAACUUAAAGAACAACCAAAAUGA